UCACACUCAGCUGCACAUCGUCAUCAAAAGAAAGAGACAAAAGAACCGAGGACAUGGCUGGCGAGGAUCUGAUUGCCCAAUUCCAGGCGCUCGGCAUGAGCGAGCAGAAGGCGAAGGAGACCCUGAAGAAUGCCAACGUGACCAAGAACCUCCAACUGGCUUUGGCGGCGGCGGGCAGCGCAGCCUCCCUCUCCGACGGCACCGGCAUGCUGAUCUACCACAUGGCCACCAAACUGAAGCCGCAGACGGCGGAGCAACUGCCUCUGCUGGUGCGCUACAUCGUGGAGCGCAAGCUGGACAACACGCAGCGCGUGGACGCCGCCCUGGAGUACGUCCUCAAGUGCGGACAGAGCCUAAAAGCGAACAUCGAUGUCCAGGCGCUGGAGAAGGAGUGCGGCGUGGGUGUGGUGGUCACGCCGGAGCAGAUCGAGCGCACGGUGCAGGCCAAGAUCAAGGCCAGCUACAGGGAGCAACUGCUGGAGCAGCGCUACCACUUUAACUCCUUCAAAAUCCUGCAGGAUGUGCGCGGGGAACUAAAAUGGGCGGAUGCCAAGUCCGUAAAGGCGGCCAUCGAUGUGGAGAUCUUCGAUUUGUUGGGCCCGAAGACAGAGGAGGACCUGAAGCCACCCUCCAAGGCGAGUGAGAAGCCCAAGGCAGCGAAACCUAAGGCGGAAGCAGCUCCAACUGAAGCCGCCUCCGAUGGAGCCACUACCAUUGCCGAACUGAUGAAGACCAAGGUGCACUUCCAUGCGCCCGGCGAGAACUUCAAGGCCGACGGCUAUGUGGUCACCGAGCAAACGGAGCGCCUGCUCAAGGAGCACUUGGCGCGGACUGGAGGCAAGGUGCACACGAGAUUCCCGCCCGAACCGAAUGGCAUCCUGCACAUCGGCCAUGCCAAGGCCAUCAACAUCAACUUUGGCUACGCGGCGGCCCACGAUGGCGUGUGCUACCUACGCUACGACGACACCAAUCCGGAGAAGGAGGAGGAAAAGUUCUUUCUGGCCAUCAAGGAUAUGGUGGAAUGGCUGGGCUACAAGCCCUACAAGAUCACCCACUCCUCGGACAACUUUCAGCAGCUGUACGAAUGGGCAGUGGUGCUAAUCCAGAAGGGAUUGGCCUAUGUGUGCCACCAGAAGGCCGAGGAGCUCAAGGGAUUCAAUCCGAAUCCGAGUCCCUGGCGAGAGCGUCCCAUUGAGGAGUCGCUGCGUCUGUUCGAGGACAUGAAGCGCGGCAAAAUCGACGAGGGAGCGGCCACGCUGCGCAUGAAGGUCACGCUGGAGGAGGGCAAACAGGAUCCGGUGGCGUAUCGCAUCAAGUUCAUUGCCCACCACCGCACGGGCUCCGAUUGGUGUAUUUAUCCCACGUAUGAUUAUACUCACUGCCUUUGCGACUCGCUCGAGGAUAUUAGUCACUCGCUCUGCACCAAGGAGUUCCAAUCGCGGAGGUCCUCGUACUACUGGCUCUGCAACGCUCUGAAUAUCUACUGCCCGGUGCAGUGGGAGUACGGCCGGCUGAACAUGAACUACGCUCUGGUUUCCAAGCGCAAGAUUGCCAAACUGAUCACCGAGCAGAUUGUCCACGACUGGGAUGAUCCUAGGUUGUUUACUCUGACGGCGCUGCGCAGGAGGGGCUUCCCCGCCGAGGCUAUAAAUAAUUUCUGCGCCCAGAUGGGCGUCACAGGGGCACAGAUUGCCGUGGAUCCAGCCAUGCUGGAGGCGGCGGUAAGGGAUGUACUCAAUGUUACAGCUCCUCGGCGUUUAGUUGUCCUGGAACCGCUGAAAGUAACCAUCAAGAACUUCCCUCAUCCGGCGCCCGUGCAGCUGGAAGUUCCCGACUUCCCGCAGAAUCCACAACAAGGCUCCCACAAGAUCACCCUAGACAAGGUGAUCUACAUCGAGCAGGGCGACUUUAAGCUGGAGCCGGAGAAGGGUUACCGACGGCUGUCUCCCAAGCAAUCAGUGGGUCUUCGCCAUGCAGGACUCGUUAUCAGCGUGGAGGAGAUUGUCAAGAAUCCGACGACGGGGGAAGUAAUCGAACUCAUUUGCAGCAGCCAAUCCGCCGAGCAGGCCGAGAAGCCCAAGGCCUUUGUCCAGUGGGUCUCGCAACCGAUUCAACUGGAGGUGCGCCUCUACGAGCAGCUCUUCAAGCACAAGAAUCCCGAGGAUCCCAGCGAGGUGCCCGGCGGCUUCCUCAGCGACAUCAGCGAGCAGUCCAUCGCGGUGGCGGUGGCCUUUGCCGAUCGGGCGCUCCAGCAGGCCAAGGUCUACGAUAAGUUCCAGUUCGAGCGGAUUGGCUUCUUCUCCGUGGAUCCAGAUACCACCAGGGAUCACCUAGUGUUCAAUCGCACCGUGGGUUUGAAGGAGGAUGCGGGAAAGAAGUGAUCCACUCAGAAAGGAACAACAAAAUCCGUAUCACAAUAAAAUUCGAUUUAUAAAAUCAA